AUGUGUGCCAUGGACUCAGCCCAGCAAUAUUGACAAUAGGGUGAACCGAUUUAUUCGCCCUAAAUAGAAAUUAAAAGAAAGAAAAAUAAAUAAAUAAACAACCGGGAAGGAAGAAUAAGCACGAAAGCACGGCCAAACACACGGGAUUUCUAGCAAACAUCAGGAAAUGUGUUUAUUUUAACCGCAUCUUUUUUUUUUUUUAAUGCAUCCAUUGAUGGGACACGGAGGAUUAUUUCACUAGAUGGUAUCAGGCAUCUUGGCAGUUUUUAAGCCAGCAUUGUGUAUAUAUAUAUUUUUUUGCAUUUGUCUGCUUUCUAACGGGACAUUUAAGCAGAAUUGGGAACAUAUUUUUUUAAGCAAAGGACGUAAAUAAAUAAACAAACUAACUAACUAAAAAGUGUUUAAACGGGAUCACUCCUCCUAAUCACCUCCUUCGUUCUACCGAAACACAGAGGAUCAAAAGGGCUAUGUCCUCAGCAGCCACCUCGCCACCGUCAGUGGACAAAGUGGACGGGUUCUCCCGAAAAUCGGUCAGGAAGGCCAAGCAGAAGCGCUCGCAGAGUUCCUCACAGUUCCGCUCUCAGGGCAAACCCAUCGAGCUCACGCCCCUCCCUCUGCUCAAAGACGUCCCUGCUCAGGAGCAGCCGGAUUUGUUCCUGAAGAAGCUGCAGCAGUGCUGCACCGUGUUCGACUUCAUGGACACGCUCUCCGACCUGAAGAUGAAAGAGUACAAGCGCUCGACGCUCAACGAGCUGGUGGACUACGUGACGGUGAGCCGAGGCUACCUCACCGAGCAGGCCUACCCCGAGGUCGUCAAAAUGGUGUCCUACAACAUAUUCCGCACUCUUCCACCCAGCGACAGUAACGAGUUCGACCCAGAGGAGGACGAACCCACUUUAGAGGCUUCCUGGCCACAUUUACAGCUGGUGUACGAGUUCUUCAUUCGCUUUCUGGAGAGUCAGGAGUUCCAGCCCAGCAUUGCCAAAAAGUAUAUCGACCAGAAAUUUGUCUUACAGCUGCUGGAACUGUUCGACAGCGAGGACCCGCGGGAGAGAGACUACCUGAAGACAGUCUUACACAGAAUCUACGGCAAAUUCCUGGGGCUGAGGGCUUUUAUACGAAAACAGAUAAAUAAUAUUUUUCUACGUUUUGUUUAUGAAACUGAGCACUUCAAUGGAGUCGCCGAGUUGUUGGAAAUUUUGGGAAGCAUCAUCAACGGCUUUGCUUUACCUCUGAAAGCUGAACACAAGCAGUUCCUGGUCAAAGUGUUGAUUCCUCUGCACACAGUCAGGAGUCUCUCGCUCUUCCACGCGCAGUUGGCGUAUUGUAUUGUACAGUUCCUCGAGAAAGACCCCACAUUAACAGAACCAGUCAUCAGAGGACUUCUCAAGUUCUGGCCAAAGACGUGCAGUCAAAAAGAGGUGAUGUUCCUCGGAGAGCUGGAGGAGAUUCUGGAUGUGAUCGAGCCCACGCAGUUUGUGAAGAUCCAGGAGCCGCUGUUCAAGCAGAUCUCCAGAUGCGUCUCCAGCCCUCACUUCCAGGUGGCUGAGCGAGCACUGUACUACUGGAAUAAUGAGUACAUUAUGAGUCUUAUUGAGGAGAACUCCAACGUCAUCCUGCCCAUCAUGUUUGCCAGCUUGUACAGGAUCUCCAAAGAGCACUGGAACCCGGCGAUCGUAGCUUUAGUGUACAACGUCCUGAAAGCCUUCAUGGAAAUGAACAGCACUUUGUUUGAUGAACUCACUGCCACCUACAAGUCAGAUCGCCAGAGAGAGAAGAAGAAAGAAAAGGAGCGAGAGGAGUUGUGGAAGAAGCUGGAGGACUUGGAGCUGAAGAGAGGUCUGCGGAGUGACGCCAUUAUUCCAACUUAACGCUGCCCUGCCUCUUGGACCGCCCCCAGAACACACUCCCAUGUCGCUGGCCAUGCCCACACAGGCCUUUUCUCUUUUUUUUUUUUUUUUAAUUUCCUUUUUUUUUCUCCUUUCUGUAUCGUGCGACUUACUUUAUUGUAGAUUUCCAUCGUCUCUUUCGUUAUUUCAGCAACACUGUAAAUAUUUUUUUUUCCUGCUAUAUUUUUUCCCUUCGAGAAUAUUACACUGAAAAUGAAAAAAGGACUCAAAAAAAAAAAACCGGAGAAAGAGUUCGCUCGUCCGACUGGGAGCGAGAAAUGGACUUGACCAGAUGGUAGGAUUCGGGAUGAACUGCUCAUGUGGAGGGAAAACGAAAUCAGCUAUAAAACCGAACCCUCACCACUGUCAUUGGAGGAAAGAUCCGUUCCUGCUCAUUGCUCAUCCAGACGCACUGUCUCACUCCGUCUCUCUCUCUCUCUCUCUCCAUCCUUUCAUCUUACUGCUGAUAGAUUUCCUCAGAACCUAUAAAUAACAGAAUCCUAAAAGUGGAAAGGCUAAACGCUAACCAGCAAUCUCUCUCUCUCUCUCUCUCUCUCUCUCUCUCUCUCUCUCUCAUUAACAAACUUCUUUCCUUUUCUCUCGGUGCUGCCAGGAUUUUCCACUCGUUCUCUCUUGGGUUGGUUUUGUUGGACUUCCUUUCUUAAUUCUGCACCAGUCUGGCACUGGUACCAGUAAACUAACACACACACGCACACCAUUGCUGCAAAGACACCGAGGACCUCGCGUCCCUGCGCCAAACCUGAGAAGCUUGUUUUGUUUGUGUGUACGAGUGUGUGUGAGAGUUUCUUACAGUGUUAAGUAUUGUAACUGAAUGCAGCUCAUUGAUCUGUUGUUAAUUGAUCUAUUAGAACCUUUAGCGCAUUUAUAAAAAAUAUAUAUAUAUUUUUUUCUUUUGGGACGGUCACAGAGUGUUAAAUAUGUAUUACUGAACACCACUUGCUGUUUAGUCCCCCUCCCCCUCUCCAUUUUUACUCCUUAUUUUCAAAUUUCAGCCUUUUUUUUUAAUAGUUUGCUUAUAUCAGGAGAGAGAAUGUGUGUGUCUGUGUGUGUGUGUGAGAGAGAGAGAGAGAGAGAGAGGAAGGAUGAUGGGAUUGUGGAGGUCUCCGAUUCAUUUUUUUUUUUGUGGUGAGCCUUGAAAUAAAUGACAGUCAAAGUGGGUUGGAGAAAUGAAAAAUGUUUAAUUAUUUUAAAAAAAUAAAGACAUAUUAAAUUAAACCUGUUUUGAGAUAACAA